CAAAUGUUUAAAAGAAUUGGGAAUAUAAUCAAACAUGGUUAAGAACAGUUUGCCUUCAGUUUAGACCGAAACUCAACCCCCCAUUUAACAAUGUAACAUGUUAAACCUCUCAAACAUAAGGUAAAUACAUAUACAUUUUUUUUACGUUUAAUUGCGUAGGUAAUGCUUAAAAUCUUUCGUUUUAUGAUAACUGGAGACAACUUUAGCAUGAUUUGGAGACACAACCUUAAUCUGAAACGAACUCAACACUUCCUGUAAUGGCUUGGGUGCUAAUUAACAAUAGAUGGUUUCAAUGGGAUAAAUGAACUAGUUAACAACGUAUCCAUUCACCACGUUACUGAAUGUGUUUACAGCCAUAAUUAAAUAAGCAAAACAUAAACGUAUUAAGCCAAAACAUGACAAACAGUGCGUAAAUAAGGAAAGAGCUCGUCAAAGCUGUUAGCUUCCAUUAGCUAACAGUGAUAAAGCUAACGAUCUAGCAAAAGAAAUGUAAUGCUAGUGCGACGAUUAGCCUCCCGCACGGAAACACACAUCGAAUAUUCAAGACCGUAAGUGUGUUUGACAUUAAAAUACACUAUAUUUACUGUAGAUAAACAACGUGUAAAGAAUUUUUGUACCAGGAAACGUUUCUACCGACCUGUUCGAGUUGUCGUCGUUGCACUCCCCCUUCGUAACAACAAUUGACGCACAAAAUCUUGGUAACGCCGAUAAUGCCUCGACCAAUGAAAGCGCCUCCCUCCACAAACACGACGCGUUAUGAUUGGUCCAAACCGAAGCGCAACCAACCCUAAACCAAAGACACGUACAGUCAUUGGACAAAUAUAACGUCAAUCUUAUAUAACCACCCAAACAGCAUGAACUGUUGAUCUUCGGGAAGCAGAGUUGGGUUUCAUGCCUUAAAACUUUAAUUCAUUAUUAACGAAAUAUUGAUGAUGUUCGUAAUUAAUCUCUGCAAGUGAAAACAUAUCGCUGUCGGAAUUAUUAUAACAACACACCGACUGGAGGAAAGCGGCGUGUAAACUAUCUUGAAUUCAGCCUGGACUGAGAUCAAAGUGAAAUUAAUCUAUUUCUGAUGAAACAGCUGUGUUUGGGACGCUGAGAUGUACACAACAAAUGAAGGCCGGGUUACCCAGGACUGGCUGCGUUCGGAAUGGCACAUCUUGGUUCCUCCUGCCUGGUUGGAUGCUUGUGUAAAUUGGGUAAAGGAGGAGGCCAACGGAGGGGCCAUGCCUCAAUCCCUGCUGAACCAACGGGUUUUAGAGCAGUGGCUUUUAACUGACCUCCGAGAUCUGGCCCACCCUGUGCUUCCUGCGGGCCUUGCCGAUGCACAGAAGACAGAACUGAACAGCUGUUACUGUAUUCAAAUGGACUCCUUACUCGACGUCAGCCAGCCUGCAUACAAUCAACUGCAGCGGAUUCGAGGCACCGACCGUUCCAACGAAGAAGUCUCGGCCGUUACGCAGGAAACUCAACGGCCGUGGGAGGCCAAGCCUACGCGCAUGUUGAUGCUCCAACUCACGGAUGGAGUGCAGAAUCUGGAGGGCAUGGAAUACCGGCCUAUCCCGGCCCUAAGUGCCAACCUGCCACCUGGCACAAAGCUACAGCUGGCUGGACCAAUUGUUGUCCGUCUCGGGGUGUUGCUACUGAAGGCAGAGAACGUCAAAGUAUUGGGCGGGGAGGUGGAACAGCUCUUGGAGAUGUAUUCUCAAGGCAGAAUGCUUAGUGGAAUAUUGGGUCUGCCUGAAGAAAACCAUCCACAGGUUGAGGAACCCGAUGACCAGGAGCUGUUGGCCAGCGUAGAGGCUGCGGUAGAUCUUCAGGUUGCUGACAGUGGCUAUGACAGCUUGACAUCAGAAGCUUCUUCCAGACCAUCUGUACCUCGCUCUCAGUCGCAACGACAUUUAAGUCCACAUCCUCAAGUAACUCCCAUUUCCAACGAAGACAACUGGGAUAUGGUUGAAAUUCCAGAUGAGGACUUUAGCAAUAUUCCGGAUCAUUUCGAUGAAAACGUUGAUAACAAUAUGAUCGAAGAGGACUUUGAUGACAUUCCAUUAGAAGAACUGGACCGUGUGAUGUGUCCCAUAGAUUCAGAAGUCCUAGGCACACGGGAACACGCCCAUGAAGUUGAUCAACAUACCUUUAUUGCUCCAAACUUACCAAGUCUUAAAAGUGCAGGACUGAGCAACACAAAAAACUCCUCUGACAUCAGCAUCCACCAAAACACGUCUAAACAUGAAAUUCCCGCUGUGGACAAAUCUAAACCGGUUGCAGGUAGCUCUACAAACCGAACAGAAUCUUCUAGCAGUGAGCGAAAAGCUACAUGUGUUUCUGACACAUCUGUACCCAGGUACCUCUGCACAAUACAGGCUGGCUCUUGGCCACCCACUAACGUUCAGGUUUUAAGACUCCAAGCCUUUAUCGUGACACUGGUGGGGAACUUGAGCAAAACUGGAGGCGUUUGGAAAUUAGGGGCCACCAUAUCUGAUGGAACCGGGUACUUGGAUGUGGAUUUAUGCGAUGAGAUGCUCGCAAACCUGAUUGGGUUCUCGGCAACAGAGGCCAGACAGCUGAUGAAGGAUCCGGCGAGACGCAGUGAGGUGAACAGUGGAAUACAGCACUGUCAGAGAGAACUGGUAGACAUGUGCUGUAUGAUGAGUGUGAAAGUCGAUCAGAUGGGCAGAGGAGUUGUGUUGCGUGCCGAUCCGCUUACUGAAAAGGAAUGCUUUGAGCUGCAGAGAAAAGUGAAAGAUAAAAGAAAUUAAAUGAUGUUUAUUUCCUCUAGUCUUUUGAACUGACAAAAAUGCUUCUCGGUGAAAACAAACUAAAGCAACUCUGGUAGUGGUUUUCUUGAUUAGAUGAUUUCAAACAUGAUUUCUUUUUGAAUUUCUGAAAUGCACCAUCUACCAGUCAUAAUGCAUUUUAUGCUAUUUUUAUU